AUGAAUUUCUCCAAAACCAAGAUGACAAACGAUGGCUUGAGAGAAGUGGUGAAAUUUUGUCAAAGAUGCCCUGAGCUUCGGGUGCUAAAGCUCUUCCAGAAUCAGCUGGACGACGAGGGUUGCAAGGAGCUCCUCAGUGUUUUCAAAGACUGCACAGCUUUGGAGGAGCUGCACUUGAGCCACAAUUGGAUCACCGAAAAAGGUGUAGAAAUGCUAGCCACAGCCGCGCUUGAAAACUUGACUUCCAGGUUUUCUCGUCCUUUUUGGCUGAGAGUCGAGCACAACAACUUCAGCUAUGCAUCAAGCUUUAUAGAAGAUCUGAAGACCAAGUUUCAUCCACAAAUUUGUGGCCGAGAGGAUCGGCGGCAUUGCUCCAACUUCAGGUGCAUCAAAGACUGCCGGAUGCAUAUCCCCUUCCUGGUGGAUGAAAGGGGGAGCAAAGGUUCCCAAGGGAACUGGGGCCGCUGGAACAACAAUAGCCAGGAGGAAUGGUCCUACAACUACGACCAGAAGUACAAGGCCUCGCACAAGUCGCGGAGCCGAUCUCCACCAACUCAGCCAAUCCGCCUGAAAGAACGGCAAUUGUCUCCUCCCAUGAUGAGAGCGAAGCGCCCGCGAGAGCGUUCUGAUCGUUCGCCCAUCGACCGGCGGGAGAGCUACUACCAAGACACGGACUACCCGGCCUACAGCAAUCGACGGAUGCGAAAUGAGCCAGCAUACUCCACCUCGAAGAGUUACUCGGCCUCAAAGCCCUUCAAGAAUGCCAGGCCCAACCAGCCACCCAAACAGCAAGCCCCAGCAGGACCAGUUCGUCGUCCACCCUCCCCACCGCUUCCAAAACAGAAGUCCCAACAAGCACAGUACGCAUUGCCGGCACCUUUGCAAGGGCAAGCUCCACCGGAUGUUGAUGGUUUCCCGGGAGGCCGCGCCUGCACCGAUGCCUUCCAGGGCUCCCAAGGCCAGACCUCCACCACGGCAACCGCCUGUAGGGGCACCUCGAGCACCAAGGGCACGUGCACGUAUGGGGGAGCAGAUGGUCAGGUGACGACUGCAGACAUCGUUUGGCUUGCAGCUGACGAUGACAGAGGCUCUGGCCUCUUGCUAAUACUUCAGGCUGUGCAACCCUAG